AUUGUUUUUAUUGGUACUAAUAUUGAUUUUGUUAUCAGUAAAUUAAAAGCAAACUAAAUAUUAUUGUUAUAUACAUAUACACAUUCAUGGAUCUACAAUCUGUCGAUACCUGUAUCUUGGCAUUGCACAAUGUCAUGUUUUUCUCUGACUGUUUAUGACUGUAAACAAAGUCUUUUCCUCAACAGAACAUUUUGAACAUUAGUUGUAAAGUGUACAUAAAUUGCUGUCCUCACAGUAUAUUUUCAAGCAACCUGAUUAGUUUUAUGAGUUCCAUCUGUUGUUUAAUAUCCAUGUCUUAAAGUUUUACUUGCUGUUGUAGCGUGAUUAGUAUACAUUGUUUUAUAAUCAUAUUUUUUCGUAAAUACUUAUGGAAAAAAAUGGUGUAUCAAAUUCAUCCUGUUGAGUUUAAACAGAAUGUGCGAAUGGUUUUGAAUCGCUAGAUGGAAGUCUUUGCAGUCCUUGCCCAAAAGGAUUCUUCGGAAAAGAAUGUCUCAGGAUGUGUGACUGUAACAUAACUAAAUGUAAUCACAUUGAAGGAUGUAUCAAUCGUGAACAAAACUGGACAGUAGAGAAAACCGAAUCUACCAUACCACUGACAAAUACGCCUACAUCUAGAGAAUACAAUGACAACUGGCUUACUACACUUUUGUCUCCUACCAUAAGAUUAUAUACCAUCAGCGAAAAAACCUCCACGCCUAUAACCAGUACAAGAAGAUUACAAAGCACUACUGUAAAGCCUAAAGCGAACGAUCUGGGUUUGAAUAACAGAGAAAUAAUUAUCUAUUCAAUCGGUGGCGGUACAUUUGUAUUCUUUAUACUAAUGUGCAGUGUAUGCAAGCACCGGUAUAAACAGAUUUAUGGAAAUGUUAAGAGAUACCACACGGACAAUAGACGAAGGAUUGAUAUAACAGACAAUCCACAACGGGAAAUUCCUCUUGACGAAAUUGAGGGACAAUAUGAAGAAAUAGAUGAAUCAAAUAUGAAAGAUAACAUUGUAAACCUUAGGGAAAACAAUGUGUCAAUUACCGAUUCUAAUGGCAGUUAUGUUCAGCCUGACAGCAACAACUAUCUUACGCCGUAUCAACCUGCUGAUGAAGAUGCAAAUACUAAUACCUCAAAUGACAGUAAAUCAGAAUCAUCAGCGUCAAAUAAUCAACCCAUAAGUGAUCACGAAUCUACUUCAUCAAAGUCAGAUGUGAUACGGGAAAGAUCUAGCUAUCUUAAUCCGUAUCAACCAAUCAUUCAUUCAGCAGAUAUUCAUGAAUAUUCUUCUACUCAUAAAACCGAUGAUUCCGACUCAUCGGAGUCAGAUACACAAACGAUGGAAUCCGGUUAUUUAAAUCCAUAUCAACCAAUGGUUUCUGACAGAGAUUUACAUGAAUAUAAAUCUGUCCUUUGGAGUUCAGACGGAUCGGGUUCCUCGUUGUCAGAUCAAUGUACUAAAGGAAUAGGAGUUAGUUUUCCAUGUCCUCAUCAAGAUCUUACUUCGGACAUUGAUACACAUGAGCACAAAUAUGUCAUGGUUGUAUCAUCUGAUACAGUUUCGAAGAAUUUAGAUAUGACGAAAGAUGAUUCUAUUGAAAAGUUCCAAAUCAAAAACGAAGAGGCUUAAAGGCACAUGGAAUAAAUUCUUAUAAAUCAGGACAAUUCACUAAACUAUUUCUGCACUAUUUUCGUUCAUUCAAACCAAAACAGGAGAUAAUUUAACGCACCAUCGAAUUAUAUAAGAAUGUGAAGUUUUAAUAGUUGAAUUCGAUGAAUAAGACAAUUAGUCAUUGUUGCAGUAACUUUUUUUCAUAUGAUUGGCUCUGUUCCAAUAAUUGUGGGAGCUUUUUGCUUCAAUUUCAUCCCGAAAAUGUUAUCUUUUAUAAUUUAUAAUGAUAUUUUGCAUAAAAUUAGUAAAUUAUAUUAUCAUUCAUACAGGUUAAAUACCAUACCUUUUUUAAAGUAAUCAUGUAUGUCCUUAUUAACUGAUUUGAAGGUACACCUGUGAUAUUUAGAUGUCCACAGCAUUUUUGCUUGAUUAUGUCCAUAUUUUUAGAUUUAAAAGGAAUAAUGACAUUUAAGAAUACUCCAAGUAUUGAGUUUUUUUUGGGUUUUUUUUUGGCAAUACUGCCUGAUUUUCCCAUCAAACCUCUGUUAAGAACAGUUUCGAUUAAAAUGUUAAAGGGAUUCCACAACAGACAAAAAUACAUGUUAAUGUACCUUUCCAAACAAUGAGUGCCGGACAUGAUUCUAACGAUAUUUUUUUAUCUUGAAAUGCUUAGAUUUUUAAAUAAGACAAACUGUUGUUUCUUAUUGUAUUCUGAACAGAAAAUCAAACAAAUUUCGACUUUCUGUUAUGAAUUGUAUAGUUUAUCUUUCUGGAUGAUAACAAUUCUCAAUAAAGAUU